AUGUUAUUAUAGAUAUUAUUUCUCUAAAUUUAUCAAAUUUAAAGAGAAAAACUCUUUGAGUUUGAACUAAAUUCAAUUGAAAUUAGAAGUGUUACUUUAGAAUUCUUAAUUAAAGAGCCUUACCUUUAAAUUGACUUGAGUUGUGAUGUAAAUAACUAAAAUUAUUGUUUUAGCUUAGUCCUUAAAAAAUAUGGACUGCUUUCAACUAAUAAAGUAUAAUAAUAACACCUAAAGAUAGAAAGGAGGCUGGAUGUGGUGAUCAUUAUUUUUCUAUUUGGAUAUCUGAUUUAGAAACUUAAGAUUGUGAAUAUACAUUAAGAGUUUAUAAUAGUUACUAAAAAAGUUUAUAUAAAGAGUGAAAAUUUUUAUAUGAUUAAACUUACCAUUAUAAACAAUACCCAUUAGAAAAUGUUGCCUCAUAUAAUUCAUUAUAAAGCUCUG